UCACACUGCCGCUCUUCCCCUCAAGAAAGAGAGAGCCCAUCAAUGCAAGCCCGGCCCACCACUUCCACUACAAGUCAGCCAGCCGAGCCGCGGCUCUGCUUCCGGAGUCCACCCAACCCACCAAUCCGCCGGCUCUUGGAUUCCCCCCGCGGCGCCCCACCUUUUCCUCCGCCCUCGCCGCGCGGCGCGUGUCACGCCCAGCCGCCAUGGCGAUCGACCACGACUCCCCCUGCAAGGAGCUCCUCCCCAAGGACCGCCGCAGCAUGGUACCCUCCCGCCACGCCAUUCCCCAUUUCUUGCUCGCUCCUCCCCCCACCUGUGCUCCGCCUUCUUGAUUCCUCGUGCUCCACUCCGGGAAGGAACGAAACCGUUUCUUGAUCUGUCAUCGUCCUCCUUCCUUUUCCGUGCGUUACUGCUGCAUUGGGCGGAUUGCUGGUGUCGAGGCUGUUGGGUGGAUCCUGGGAGCAGUGAAAUGGCGAUGGAUGGAAGAUCGAUCUCGCCAUCUCGGAAAGAUCGGUGUUUUUCCCUCUUCUUUAUUAAACCCUCAUUUGUCCUCUGCCACCGCUUUUAGGGGUUCGAUUUAUGUUCUUGUGUUCAUUCCUGCUGUGCAACUUCUAGUCUUCAAAUUCUGGUAAUUGUUGUUCGAAAUGUAUGAAAUCCUGGCCGGGUAAUCUGUUCGUAACUGCUUCUCCUUCGGCUGAUUCCCACGGACGAACACGUUGUGUGCAUGGCCAUGCUGGUUUCCAUUUUCAAGGAGAGCAAUGUCUCUGAACAAUCUUGUUGUUGUCGUCUGCAGGACGAUGACGGCGCUGAACCGGAGGAGGAGGAGGAGCUGGAGGAGGUUGAGGAGGAUGAGGAGGUUGCGGAGGUGGAGGAGGAGGAGGCUGAGGAGGACGAGAAGUCUGCGGAGGAGGUGGAGGAGCAGGAGCAGGUAGCGUCGGCGGACGGCGAGCGGUGGCCUCGGUGGCUGCGCCCCAUGAUGUCCGCGCGCUUCUACACGCCGUGCAAGACGCACCCUGACUCGCGCCGGGGCGGCGUGCGCACCAUGUUCUGCCUCGACUGCGCCGCCGUCGCCGGCGCGCUCUGCUCCCUGUGCGCCGACCAUGGCCACCGCGGCCACCACGUCAUCGGGGUCCGCCGCUCCACCUACAGCAGCGUGCUCAUCGUGUCGGACGUCCAGGGCCUCCUGGACGUCGACGGCGUGCAGACCUACGUCAUCAACGGCGCGCGCGUCGUCUUCCUCAGAGAGCGCGGCCCGCAGCAGAGGCACGCCCGCAGCGCCUGGAGCUUCGUCAACCAGUGCGGCUGUGGCCGCGGCCUGCUCGAGGCCUUCCGCUUCUGCUCGCUCAGCUGCAAGUUCCCUGGCUGCCGCCACGACCGCAGCGCCUCCUCCCCUUCCUCCCCGCCGCGCAAUGCCGCCGACCAGACCUCGACGCCACCACCGCCGCCGCCUGCACACCGGCGCAAGGGCAUCCCGCACCGGGCACCGUUCGGCAACCUGGUCGUCUGACUCCACCCAGGGUUGCAGUGAAGUUUUGACAGGGAGAAGAGAUUACUGAGUAGCCUUUGCCAUCAUUAGGACUGAAAAUCUUCUGCAGCUAAGUUAUGCAGAUGAUCCUGCUGUGCAACUACUGGUAAUGUUCUUAACUUUUUUGAUGAUGUCCUGAGAAAAAAUUGGAUGACAUGAGAAACUAGUCUAAUAGUAUGACCAGCCAGGUAACAAUGCAAUAGUUUUGUGGUGGCCUUUGAGUCUUGAUUGCUGCUAGUUGCAGUUGAUCUGUGUGUAAAUAUGGUUGCAGGCUGCAAGAUGGGGGGAUUGGGGGUGGGAGCAUGCUUGCUAAUUGAAUUCAGCUAUAUGCUUCCUGACUGUCUUUUUUGCUAAACUACGCUUUGAGGCAUCUUCAAAUUCCUUGAUAUGGAUGCCAUUUCAUCGUGCAAAUGCCCAGAUGCUGUUGAUUGAUAUUGAUGUUGCCAUUUUGCCAAUUAUGUUGCUAAUGUGAAAUUUGAAUCCUUUUGCUCUGAUUAUUACUAGUACUGAUCAUGCUUUGAUCUAGUUCUUCCUUCAAUCAUGGGUUGAGUAAUGAUAUUGAGAUACUUUGAUAUGAAUUUGCAUAGGUGGUAUUUGGUUUCUGAGUGCAAAAACAUGGGCAUCUAUCUGCAAUGCUCUGCUUCAUGAGCAGGACCUAAGAUUUUCCGCUGCUUGCACGCAUUGAAAGUUGAGGGCAGAUAAUAUGGCAAGUGAUCCGGCUAUUAAUUUGUGGAAUC